GAAGAAACACUGUUAAUGUUGAAACCCGAUGGUGUCAUGCACAAGACGAUGGUGCUGCAGCAACUGAAUCAGGAGCACGGGUUUCGGAUGGUCAAAGCCAAGUCAGUUAAUAUGACACCAAAGGACGUGAUGUUGUGGUACCCAGAGCUGCGCAACAAGGAAUUUUUUCCAAGCCUGCAACGCUAUUUGACACGGGGACCUUGCUAUGCGGUUAUCUUGGAGCGCGUAGAUGCGAUCCGAGGGUUGAGGCAUCUGGUGGGCCCCACAAAUCCAAGCAUAGCAAGACAAGAAGCGCCCUGGUCCAUCCGAGCGCAGAUCGGCUUAUCGGUUCAGGAAAAUGCGGUGCAUGCAAGCGAUUCUCUAGAAGCUGUGCGUCGUGAAAAGGCAAUCUUGUUCAGU